CCCUGCAGAGCUGCCAUGGCCAUGUGGAAAACCAUCAUGGGCUCAAGCAGGACUGCGGAGCUGGCACAGCUGGUACUCCUGGAUGUGCUGGGGAACUGGCCUGAGCACAGCACGUGCACCUCCGAUGGGGACAAAACGGGUGUCUUUGCCCUGGCUGCAACUCUGGUGAUGUGGAAGAUCCUCCAGGUGCGCUGUGUCCCACAUCUAAUGAAGUUUUAUUUCCCACGCCUGUUUGUGCACCUGCUCUUCCAAGUGUUCUUCAGCACAGAAGAGAUGCCAAAGAAGGUUGAUACCUUCUGGAAGGGAUGCCAGGAAGAACACGGCCUUGCCACCAGCCCCAACAGCUUUGCAGUGAGGACCCUGAAGUUGCUGCUCUGCCGAAAGCAGUACAAGGAUGUGGUGGUGGCAAUGGAACGCAAGGGUGCCUGGGACACACUGCUGUGUGCUGACACCCACCACUAUGCCGUGGGUCUGCUGGCCAGGGAGAUGUCCUGCGUCUCCAUACUCUCCUGUUCCUGGAUCUUUCGCUACCUGCUCCGGCUGCUGAGCACACAGGAGCCACACUGGGAUCUGCCUGCCCUGGCGUUCCUUGUGGAGGUCCUCGGGUGCCUGGACUUGAGGGAACGUGAUGCUGACAGAGUCCUGCAAAUCUUGUCAAGGCAUGUGCAGAGCAAGUGCAGGGAGAGGCGUCACCUGGCACUCAGGGCCCUUCUCAAGCUCACUGAUGAUCCCUCGAUGAAUAAUAGCCAGGUGCAACUGCUCUCCAUAUUGCUCUUCCGAACAUUGCUGACUCUUCCACUGAAAAAGGAAAGAAAGGUCCUGAAGUCACAGGUGCGACAGAGCCUGCUCCCACUCUUCUUCCACUGCCAUGAUGAGAAUUGGCGUGUGGCACAAGCUUCUCUGGAAACGCUGCUUUGUGUGGCUGACUUCCUGAAGAGGAAGGAUCUUGACAAAGUGGCAAAGGAGAAGAAACUGUGGAUGUUUGCAGACACCCUGGAGUGCCUGUGCUGGGGAAAAGUGACAGAAAUUAUGCUCUCGGAGGGGUUGGAGUGCCUUUGAUAGCUGAGUCAGUCAGACCUGUAAGUAAGGUUAAGUCAUGAGGAAUAACCUAAGUUAAAUGUUGUUAAGAGUUGUUUUGCUGCUAAGUAGCUAUGUUUAAUAUAAGUUAUAAGCUGAGUUAAAUACUGUUAAAUGUUAUUUCUUUGUUAAAUUGCAAAGUCAUAGGUCAUAGGUUAAAUACUGAUAAGCUCUGUUCUUUUGCUAAAUUGUGAAGUUGAAGGUAUCAGUUAAGGUUAAGGUGGAAGUUAAGGUUAAGUUAUAAGUUAAGUCCUGUUAAGUUUGAGCUCUGUUAAGCUUUUGGGCCACAUUCCUUUUAUCCUUGCCCUCACUGUCCUUGUGUCACACACACACACACACACACACACACACACACACACAGGGGCGGUUUUCGGUUCCUUUCUGGUUUGAUUGCCUGGAUUUUGUUUGGUUUUGUUGUUGCUUUGUUUCCUUCGUGUGCUUGAAGUGUCCAGUCAGGAGCAGAGUGACUCUUGCCAAGGAAUUUUGUGGUGCUGUCACUUAAUAUUAAAUCUGGUUGUUGCUGAUCCCUUGCUGGGGAUUUUUUCAGCGCUCUCAAGCACUUGUUCGUAACAGGGUGAAGGAGCCCUGGCCCAGGCUCUGGCCCUGGGGGACACGGGGACACU